AUGGAGCCCCAUUCGCCGUCAGAUGUCGUCACCGUCGACGUCUUGCUUCGACGAUUGGCGAAGACUGUCCCAGAGAAGGUGAUGAUCUCCUACCCAGAACACGAGCUCGAUUUCAUAGACUACACAGCCAAGGACUUGGAUCGCCUGACGAGGAGUGCAAUAAGCACGUACCCGAAGUCUCUCAGAGAGUCUGCACAGAAUGCAAAGCCCGGCGAAGCGCCCGCAGUCGCCAUCGUCGGAGUCUCCAGCCUCGAAUACUACAUCCAUCUCUUUGCGCUCAGUCGGAUGGGCCUGACAACUGUGGUCUUGUCACCACGGCUGUCCGACGAAGCUUUAGCACACCUCAUCCGGCUUCAACGUUGUAUGGCAGUGUUCGCAUCUGGCCCUUCCAUGCGAGCCAUAGGGAGAGUGCAAGCUACCAGUGAAGACCCGCUGGAAUUCGAUCUCCUUCCCAUGGCACAAAUGGCGGACCUCGAAGCUAUUUCACGUCGUGGAGCCCCCAUCGACCUCCCCGCGGUUGAAUACAAGGACGAAGCCGACACGCCCUUGUUCGUUAUCCACAGCGGAGGCACAACAGGCCUGCCAAAGCCUGUCGUCCGCCGCGUGGGUCAGGUGCUCAGGCAUAUGGGAAGACACAUUUCCGAGACCGUUCCAGAUAUACUGGCGACGCUUCCCGUUUUCCAUAGUUUCGGCUUCGGCCACUUCAUUGCCACACUCUGGGGGACGUUCAGGAUGAGCCUUCUCAACGCCUCCCGCCCUAUGACCGCGUCAGUCAUCCUGAAAGCACUAGACAUCACGAGUUGCAAGGCUCUCGCGACGGUACCGCACCUGCUCAAGUUCAUCAAUGAGACUCCAGGGGGUGCAGAGAGGCUUGCUCAGCUGCAGCGCGUCUCCGCAGCGGGCGCAGCCACGCCCGAGGUGCUGGGAAACGAGUUGGUUGAGAAGGGUGUGAACCUGAUCUCUCCAUACGGGCAAUCAGAGAGCGGUCCUCUGAUGGCUAAUUGCCCGGGGAGGGACUGGAUCUGGCUUGCGGCCACGCCGAUUGCAGAGCCCUAUCUGAAAUUCGAACCAUACGGAGAAGAUGAUCAAGGUCUGCUGCACCUGAUUGUGCUCCCUGGAUUGCCGAGCUUGGUGGCGUCCAACAGACCUGAUGGAUCGUACGCAACCAAGGAUCUCUUUGUGCGCCACCCUACAGAUCCCAAGAAGUGGAAGUUUUCCCACAGAGCCGACGACAUAAUCGUGCUGGUGAAUGGCCUGAAAGCGGAUCCACAUCUACUAGAGGAAGCCGUGGAGAAGAACCGCUACGUGGAUACCGCAAUGGCCUUUGGUGCAGGGCGGGACUCCCUCGGCUUGAUAGUGGUUCCGUCGGCCAGCUCAGCAGGGUUGUCCGAGGAAGAGCUGUCUGCUCGCAUUGCUCCUGACCUCGAACUGGGCAACUCCAGAGUCUCUGCCUAUGCGCGAGUCUCCCUCGAUUCCGUCAUCUUCAGGGAAGCCGGCAGUGGAGUCCCGAGAACGGCCAAGGACACCUUGAUACGCUCGAGAUUUCUCGAACUGUGCAAAGAGGACAUCGACGCCCAUUACGCCGCAAGGGAGGCGCAAAGCAACGCACAGAUAUCUGUCGCAGAUGACGAGGUCGAGGGCAUCGUGCGCGAAGUCGUGAGCUCGGUGAUGUCAGCUGGAGACGUCGAACUGGGCCCCGACACCGACUUCUUCGGCCUGGGCAUGGACUCGUUGCAGGCCUCGUACGUGCGCUCGCGGCUACUCAGGCGUGUGAACGUUGGCGGACGUCCCCUGCCGACCAAUGUCGUCUUUGAGAAUCCCACCGUGGGCCAGCUCACCGAAUACCUACUCGCGGUGAGAAACGGACAAGAUUCUAAAGAUGCUAAGGAUUCUGAAAAAUCCAUCGCGCAUGAACUUGUGCAGAAAUACACCCAUUUCCACCGCUUCGAAGAUCGAACCAUUCAGGCUGGCUCUGGGCGCGUUGUUCUGCUCACCGGGGCGACCGGUGUCAUUGGCCGCCAUGUGGUCCAUCGUCUCAUGUCAUGGCCCAACGUGGAUCGAGUCUACUGCCUUGUCCGAGCGGACUCGGAUGAGGCGGCAGGCUUGCGCAUCACUGAGUCCCUUGGCGCGGCUCGUCUGGAAUUGGCAGAUGUCGAAACAAGAUUGAAAAUUGUCGCCCUUGCCUCUGACCUGGGAAAGCCUCGUCUCGGUCUCAACGACCAACAGUACGAAGCAUUGCGCACCUCGGUCACAGACAUCAUUCAUGGUGCAUGGGCUGUGAACUUCAACCUGUCGUUGUCAUCAUUCGAGGACCCAUGCAUUGCCUCGGUCUCGCACCUGUUGGACCUGGCGAUUUGCUCCCCCCUGUGUCCGAAGCCAAGGUUCUCAUUCAUCUCCAGCAUGGCCACUGUCUUCUUCGCUGCGGCCCAAGAUGGAGUCAAGGAGGUCAGGUACGGACGAGAAGCCGCAGUCCAAAUGGGUUACGGACAGUCGAAAUGGGUCGCAGAAGAGAUCUGCUCCGCAGCGGCCAAGUAUGCUGAGCAGAAGGGCGUGGAUUUCCCAGUCCAGAUACUCCGCGUGGGCCAGGUUGUCGGUGAUACGAAACACGGCAUAUGGAACCCCAAAGAGGCAAUUCCAUUGACCGUACAGACCGCCUUGAGCACCGGCGCGCUUCCCGUCAGGGAUGGAGGCGACGAGAAUUUCUGGCUGCCGGUUGACAUAGCUGCGGCUGCCAUCGUCGAGCUUGCCUUCCGCAGUCGAUCCGACGACGAGGGUGGAGAAGCCCGAGUGUUCCAUGUUUCGAACACGACUCCGGUACGCUGGGCCGCGGACUUCCUACCUGCCCUAGCCAGCAGCAAUCUCUAUUUCGAGGCCGUCCCACCGCAGGAGUGGUUGCAACGACUGGAAAGCGCAGUCCCAGACCAUCGACUGCUUCAGUUCUUCAAGAGGACGUACGCUGCCGCUCGUGACGAACAGGCGCCCAAACGUGCAGAAGGCGCAGUGGAUAUGUCUGAAGCCCGGAAGUAUUCUAGCGCUUUGAGGAAUGUUACGAAAAUUGACGAGGAGCUGGUUGGCAAAUUCUUGAAUUACUGGCUAGGGCUGGAGGCGUGGAAGUCCAUCCAGAAAACCCCAGACACCGGUCAAGCCAGUGCACUGCUGGGAGGACGGAAAGAUAGUGGGGUUGGCAUGGGCAAGAUUUAG